AACAGAUAUACAGAAAUUAAAUGAACAAGUUUGAAAAGCUACACCACCACAUGCCACUUGUGAUUCACAAGCAAAGAAAACACAUCUCUAUAUCUAUCUCCAUCUCUCCUUACUCUCUCUUUCUCUCUCUAUUCACACACACAUGUGGUUUCUUUGCUCACUCCCUCGUUUUACUCUCUCUCCUUAGAUGUAUGUAACUGAGAAAACAAGAAAGGAAGGAAAGCCAAGAUUUUGAGAAAGAAGGGAAAAGAUGGGUAUCCUAUAUGAUGAUAUAGUGAUAAUAAAUCAAGCAGAGAAAGAAGGUGAGCCAACUGUGAUAACUGUGAAUUGUCCAGACAAGACUGGCUUGGGUUGUGAUCUUUGCCGCAUCAUUCUCUUCUUUGGUUUGAGCAUUAACAGGGGUGAUGUGUCUACGGAUGGGAAAUGGUGUUACCUUGUGUUCUGGGUUUUCGGAAAACAAAAUACAAGAUGGGGUCUAUUAAAGAAGAGAUUAUCAGAGUGCUGCCCUUCUUGUUCUUCAGCUUCUGGAAUCUCUUUUUACAGGACUGAUUUGGAGCCACCAAAGCCUUCGGAAGUGUUCCUCUUGAAGUUCUGUUGCCAUGAUCGAAGAGGCCUUUUGCAUGAUGUAACAUCAGUCCUCUGUGAGCUUGAACUCGUAAUAAAGAAAGUUAAGGUGUCUACCACACCUGAUGGGAGAGUGAUGGAUCUCUUUUUUAUUACAGAUACAAGGGAACUACUGCACACAAAGAAGAGAAAGGAUGACACGUAUGAUAGUCUGAGAGCUGUUUUGGGGGAUUCAUUGAUAAGUUGUGACAUAGAAAAAGUUGGCCUUGAAGUUGCUGCUUGCUCUCAGUUUCCCACUGUGCUUCCUCCAGCACUAACUGAAGACAUGAAGUUAGAGAUGCUCGAUCCUCAGAAAAGUGGACCUGCUCCUUCACAUAAUGUUACUAUUACGAUGGAUAAUUCCCUCAGUCCUGCCCAUACCCUUGUUCAAAUCGUCUGUCAGGAUCACAAAGGGCUCUUGUAUGAUAUUAUGAGAACUUUAAAAGAUUACAAUAUCCAGAUUUCUUACGGCCGCUUCACUACAAAAACGAAAACAGAAUGCGAAGUGGACUUAUUUAUUAUGCAAGCUGAUGGAAAGAAGAUAGUUGAUCCAAGCAAGCAGGGUGCAUUGUGCUCUCGUUUGCGUAUGGAACUGUACCGCCCCCUCAGGUUAGCUCUAGUAAGCCGCGGACCUGAUACAGAAUUGCUAGUUGCAAACCCUGUGGAAUUAUCUGGAAAGGGUCGGCCACUUGUUUUUUAUGACAUCACUCUAGCUCUCAAGAUGCUAGACACUGGGAUUUUUACGGCUGAAAUUGCAAGGCACAUGAUUGGAGACCGCGAAUGGGAAGUUUACAGAGUUUUACUUGACGAAGGGGAUGGCUCAUCUAUCUCAAGGAACAUGAUCGAGGAAGCAGUUCGAAAGAUGUUGAUGGGUUGGGAGUGAUAAUGUAUGAAGACUGUAGGUGUGUCUCCAUUUAGUUGACAUCCGAUGUGGUGAUGUACAGUGGAAUGGCUAAGCCGUACCAGGUUAAGAACUUUGGCAAGACUAACUUAGCAAUAUAGCAAGAAGAAGAUUAAUAGGUAGUUUGUAGCAAGGAGAUAAACAAGAACAUGGUGAAUAUAGUCUCUCCAGAAAUUCAUCCUCAGACCGGUAGUGUAACAUUGUAUAUCGAAACAAUCCUGCAGAUGGGAAGACGCGGCUUCACAUAUAUGUUUUAAUUGCCUCCUGUGGGAAAGCUUGACCUCAAACCUCUACGUCCUGCAUAUUGUAAAUAUUUUUCUUUCAUUAUGUAUCAUUGUACAAGAACAAGAAGAUGGAGGGGUUAGUACUUCAGGAUCAGAUAGAGAUGCCUGGAAUAUGGCACUAUAAAUACCUUUUGUAUUUGCAGAUGUCAAAUGAUAUGUAUGUAAAUAUAUAUAUGUAUAUGUAGAGUAUGUCAAUUUUAUA